AUGCUGAGCUUCUCAGACGCGCUGCUCAUGCAGGGCAAGCGGGUCGUGCCCAAGGGGGCGGAUCAAGUGGAGGUACGUGGGUGUGGGUGGGGGUGUGGGUGUGGGUGGGGGUGUGGGUGUGGGUGUGGGUGUGGGUGUGGGUGUGGGUGUGGGUGUGGGUGUGGGUGUGGGUGUGGGUGGGGUGUGUGUAGGGCUGGGGAUGGGGGUGCGGGUGGGGGUGGGGGUGGGGGUGGGGGUGUGGAUGUUGUGGAUAUGGUUGGGGGAGAAGGUGCUGACUGGUGUCGUAUGGUGUUACUCUGUGCUGGUGGAGUGGUGGUUGCGUGCGAUGAAGAAGCAGAGGCGUGCAGAGAAGAAGAGCACAUCCAGGUGACUUUUGAGUCGACUCAAAAGUCGCAUGUGAUGAAGAAGCAGAGGCGUGCAGAGAAGAGCACAUCUGCUUUUUCACACAUUGGUCUGUCUUUCUGCUUUGUGUUUAUACAUGACCCCUUAUUGUACCCUUUACUGCAGUCUUCGUUAGUUGCCUGUACAAUGGAGGCACUUGUUGGCGCAGUAUAUGCAGAAAAGGGCCUAGAAGCAGCGUCAGCUUUUGUGACCCGCCUGCUGCCCUCGCUAGUGGACUCCCGCACCACAACUCCCCACACACAGAAGCUGGAGUUUGGCCAUCAGAAUGAGCAACAACUCGGGCACGAACAUGAGCCUGGGCGUCAGCACCAGCAGCAUAUUCAGCCGGACGGGAAGGGCAGUGUGACGGUGGGCGAUGCGGCAGAGGUGGGGGGAAUGGAGUCUCAUUCUCAGUCUCAUUCUCAGUCUCCUUCUCCAGAGCAGAGUGACCCGGUGGCUCGUCUGCACGACAUGUCCCUGCGGCACCUGGGCUUCGUCCCUCAAUACAGGUACGUGUGA